AUGCUGCUUACACCAUGGAGAAAUGAAGAAACCGACUUACCUGGAAGAUGCUCUUCUUACCAAGAACGGUACCUGCUGUUAUGUUAUGCAAUCAAUGAACAAGUGAAGCAUUAUGCUAUAUGUAAUGAAGAUUUCAGUGAAAUACAACAGGGGAUGAGUAGAAUUGAAGACACAUGUGAUACUAUUCUACCAUGUACACAAUAUCUUGUACAACAAGAUGAAGCUGAAGGUAACCAGGACUUGCAUCCUGACUUUAAUAAAAGCGAUAAUUUAUCAGAUGAUUUAGGUAUACCAUCAGCUGAUCUGAACACUGAAACAUUGCUGAUAAAUGAAUUCCAAGAUGAAUACAGACACCUUGUACAGAUGUUAAAUAAAGAAAAAAAGGAAUUCUUCUAA